AUGGGUAAUCAGCUUGCCGAUGCCAUUAUUGUGUGCGACAACGCGCCAUGCCAUUCAAAGCUACACGAGGUAUGUGCAGAGUCCACUUUAUUGCGGCUUGGACCAUAUUCUCCUAUGCUUAACCCCAUAGAGAUAAUAUGGGGAAAAAUUAAGGCGAAUGUAAAGUCAAAUAUACGGACUCCAGACGUGAUUGGACCGGGUGUUAUUGAGCAAAGGUUGCAGUAUUUAGAGGGCCUAAUAAAAGACGCUGCCGCCGCUGUUAAUUGUGGAGAUUGCGCAAGAUCGGUGCAGCACAUUGAAUUCGAUGGUCUGCCGGGAAAUCCCGAAGGUGAUCGUAUUGUCGUGUUGGCUGCCACAAAUAGGCCACAAGAGCUCGAUGAAGCAGCUUUGCGACGUUUUACCAAGCGUGUUUAUGUCUCACUGCCAGAUAUGGAUACACGCGAGCUAUUGUUAAGCCGAUUAUUGGAAAAACAAGGCAGUCCGCUGGGUACAGAGGCCUUACGUCGUUUGGCAAAACUAACAGAAGGAUACUCAGGCUCAGACCUAACAGCUUUAGCAAAGGAUGCAGCCCUCGAACCAAUCCGGGAGCUCAACAUGGAACAAGUCAAAUGCUUGGAUAUUAGUGCAAUGCGUCCAAUAACCGAAAAUGAUUUUCAUAAUUCGCUAAAGCGAAUUCGACGUUCUGUUGCGUCGCAGAGUUUGAACUCAUAUGAAAAAUGGUCACAAGAGUAUGGUGAUAUAACGAUUUAA